AUGGUGGCUGUGUCAUCUAAGGAGCAGGCCACAUGGCUCUGUGAAGAAGGGGACCGGCAAUUAGCUGCCAAGGAACUGCCCCUGGCCACCGCCUUCUAUAUGGCUGCAUUUACCCUGAGUGCUCCAGUGGCCGUGAAAAAGGUGGCUUGUCUGGGCAAAGAAUCUGGGGCAAAAGUGGUCUCCACUUUGGAGAGGUGGUGUCGAGGUGAAAGCCCCAUUCCCAAGGUUCAGUAUGGCAGCCUCAAAGCUCCAUCGCUCAGCGUUGGGAUUGCCGCCAUUUUCCUCUCGACCCUAAACCCCAACAACGUUGCCGCCUCUCUCCACAAGAUGGAAGCCUUGCUCCAACGGGGCCGCCUGGAGGAAGUGGUGAGCCGGUGCAACACUCUGCUUCACACUCAUUAUUGUAUAGAACUGCUCCUUACCAGAGCUUUGGCCCUGGUGUUGUUGCAGGUGUGCUUCCAAGACGGUGUCCUGGACUAUCUCCAUGCUUUCGCAAAACAUCGGGAUGAAGCCCUGAAGUUCAUCAGCCACAGGCAAACGAGGCACUUACCACAGAUAGUCCAGGCUGUCUUGGACUUCAUCUCCCUUCGUGGGGAAGGUCACUGCUGCAGGGGCCCAGAAAACUGGCCAAGCGAUUGCUACGACUUCCUCGUUGCCAUCGCACCAGAUGACUUCCAUGUCCGCCAGGCCCAGGCAGGGCACCUUCUUGAGGAGCACAAAUACAAAGAGUGCGUGUCCAUCUACAGCAAGGCGUUGGAGGCUUUGUCAGCCAACGCUACAAGCUGGGACGAGCGAGCUUCAGCUCUGCUCAUGGGGAGGGCUGCUGCUUACUUUUUUCUGGGAGGCAAAGUGACGGAGCUGCUGCAGGACUUGAGAGAUGCUGUUGAGGUUAGUCCCAGUCUGGCAACCAGGCAGUUCGAGGAGAUCUUCUCUGCUCAGGAUGUGCGGAAGAUCGAGCAGCAUGCCCGAGCGGCCCUGGAUGUGGAGUUUGGGGCCUACAGGGAAGCCAUUCGCACUCGCCCUGAUGUACGCAGAGACGACGGCAAGGAGCUUCUGUCCAAGGUUGCCCACACGCUCAACCUCCUCAUCCAGAUUUCCCCCAGUGCAAGGCGCGAGCUCCAUGUCCGACUGGCAGACUGCUACCUCUUGCAAGGGAAUAUCAAGCAUUCUGUAGAUCUUUGCAACCAUCUUCUGGAUUCUGAGCCUGAGACUUACGGCAACACCCUCCUCACCCUGCGUGGCUUUUGUCACCUCCAUGCCAAGAACUGCAAGGAGGCCCUUCGGGACUUCCAAAAGGUCCUCGAGCACAGCUCCCCACAUCCCAGCAGUUGUGUGAAGGCCCUCUGUGGCCGCGGCAUGAUCCGGGCUUGGGGCAGAAACCCGUACCUUACCGCCUUGGACUAUAUCACUGCCUGUCAGCUUAGAUCAGAGGAGACCCACUUCGUGAUCAAAGCCUACAUCCCGUGGAACCAGAGAGGGUUUCUGCUCAUCAUUCUCCAGGAGGAAAUGCAGAAGAUCCUGGAAAGGGAUUGCAAUGGUGCUGGGAGCUCAACUUCUCAGUGGAAGACAUUGCGAGGAUUGAAUGGAUUCCAGAUGAAGGAAGGGGAUGCAUCUGGGGUGCACCGGUUGGCCUCUCUCUUGCUAGACCUGGAUGCGACGGACGAGGUGUCUCGGACCCUGUGUGCAGAUGCCCUGUACCUGAUGGAUCGAGUGGAUGAAGCCCACAAGGUCCUCCUUGUGGCCCUCUCCAAAACCUCCCAGAGAGCGGCCAUCCUUUCCAGGCUCGCUUUGCUUCAGCUGAAGAAAGGGUUCCUCUAUGACUGCAACCAGCUGCUGAGGAAACUGAUCCAAACUGGAGAAACGUCCAGCUUCUUGACGGUCAUGAAGAUCCUAAGGGAGGAAGACCGAGCCUUGAUGCAACAUCACUGCCAUUCUAGGGCCGCGACGAUCCUGAAGAAUAAACAAGGGGAGGGUUACAUCAAAGAAGCGAUCCUGUACUUGUCUUUUGCCAUCGCAGCUGGAGGUUGCGACACGGAGUCCCUGCUCACCCGAGCUCGCUGUUAUGGACACCUUGGCCAGAAGAAAACAGCAAUGUUCGAUUUCAAUGCCGUCUUAAAAAUCAGCCCUGCAAAUGUCCAAGCUCUUUGCGGAAGGGGUUUCAUCCAUCUGGCCCUGAACCAGAAAAAGGAGGCUGUGCAUGAUGUGAUCUUAGCCCUCCAGGCCGAUCCUGUUUUGGCCACUGCAGAAAUUCUCGCGCUGAAGCCGGAAGCUCAGUCUCGCAUCCGUCAGUGGCUGUUUGACCACUGCAAGAAGGUGCUGUUGGAAUUUGGGACCAGCAAAGAGCCUUCUCCUGGAGGGAUUCUGAAGGAUCUUGUUGUAGUUGGGGAAUCACUUGUGAAAAUGGAUCACAAAGCCACAAAGAGUCAUAUUCUAUAUGUGGACGUUUUAGCUGCUGAUGGGAGACCCGAAGAAGCCCUCACGUAUCUCCAGGAGGCCCUCGGCCAGCAUGGACCCAAUGACGCCAUCAGUUCUCGGUUUGGCAUGCUUCAGGCCAAGGAGAGAAACAUGAAUGUUGCCGCCCACACUUUGGCCAGUUUAGCUGCGAAGGACUUCCAAGAAUUAGGUUAUCUCCUGAACUUCUUGGACACCAAGCAGAGGCAAAGCCUUGCUCAGGUGGCAGCCAAAGAAGGACAUGUGCUGGGGAAGGAGCAUCACCACACCGAGGCCCUGGGCUAUUACUCGCUGGCUGUCUUGGCAAGCAACAGUGACAUUCGGUAUCUUCGCAAGAGGGCUGCGUGCCUAGCCCAGUUGAAGGGCUACAAGCAGGCUCUGAAGGACAUGAGUAAGGUAGUCCAAAAUCAUGGGACAGAUGGCUUGAGGACCCAAGUGGAGGAUUAUUGCUUCCAGGGGAAGAUGUAUUUGUCCAUUUCGGAAGAGGAACUGGCAGUUACACAGUACAUUAAAGCUUUUCAAAUGGAACUGUCUUCAGCUUUAGCCAGAAUCCAUCCAGGUCCCAACAGGGACAGACUGUCCAAAGCAUUCCUCCAAACUGCACAGUUCUACUUGGCAGAGAACCGUUACGAAGAGGCCUGGAAGACUACAGAGUAUGGCCUGCUGAUUGACCAAACCAAUCCCAAACUGAAGAAACUGAAAACAAGGAUUAAACGAGAGGCAUCUGGUUGCAGAGUCCAGUGA